AUAACCUAUUUAAAAUCUCGUCAAAUAUUUGACAGUAGAGGGAACCCUACUGUUGAAACAGAUUUAAUUAUAAAUGAUAAAUUUUUUGGUAGGGCAUCAGUGCCAAGUGGAGCUUCUAAAGGUAUAUUUGAAGCCAUUGAAUUAAGGGAUAAAAGCAAAGAUUAUAAUGGAGAGGGAGUUUUAAUUUCUGUAGAGAAGAUUAAUAAUGAAAUUAAAAGAAAGAUCUUGGAUGUAAAAUUUAAUUCCCAAGAGGAUUUAGAUAAUUUUUUGAUAAAACUAGAUGGAACAGCAAAUAAAUCUAAUUUAGGUGCAAAUACUAUUUUAUCAAUAUCUAUUGCUUUUGCAAAAGCAAUGGCUAAUCUUAAGAAUAAACAAUUAUUUGAAGUAAUAACCAAUUCUAGCAAUUACUCUUUACCAAAGCCAAUGUUAAAUAUCAUAAAUGGAGGAGCACAUGCAGAUAAUGGGUUAGAUAUUCAAGAAUUUAUGAUUGUUCCAGUUAAAUACGAUAGUAUUUCUAAGAAUUUAAAAAUAGCAUGUGAAAUUUUUCAUUCACUGAAAAAAGUUCUUAAAAAAAAUCAUUUUAAAGUAAAUACUGGUGACGAGGGUGGUUUUGCACCCGAUAUUAAGACUACUAAUGAGGCAUUAAAUCUUAUAGUAGAAGCAAUACAAUAUGCUGGAUAUAAGCUUGGAACAGAAGUUUGUUUAGCACUAGAUAUUGCUGCUAAUGAAUUAUAUGUUAAUGGCAAAUAUAAUUUUAACGGUGAAAAAAAUACAUUAACAAAUAUUGAGUUAGUGGAAUAUUAUAAAAAAUUAUGUAAUGAAUAUCCUAUCAUUUCUAUUGAAGAUCCAUUUUUUGAGCAAGAUUAUGAGGGAUGGAGAUUGCUGAAUCAG